ACUUUGCACUGAGAGAAAAGUUGAUAGGCUUCUGGUUUUAGCUCACAUGCUACUGUAUGAAGUACUAGUUGAGUGACUAUUAGUUGUUAAUUUUAUAUACAUUUGCAUAGGCAUUUCUCUCAGUGCGCCCAGUAAGUGAGUGAGCUGCAGAACGCCCACUUUUUGCUGAGGCAGUGCGGCAAAUUCACUGCAGCAGCAUCGGGCAAAGUGGAAGUGGAAUGUGGAAACAGGAGCGUCGUCUCCAUGGCCACGGCGUUCAUCGUUUGUCCCACGUUCGACGUCUGGGUUGCUAGGAUGCUGGGUUGCCUCAAGUGGAUGGCGACCAGCAGCCAGUUUCGCCGUAUCUGGCCACCACAAUCGACGUGCCACAACGGCUCGCAAUCCGAGAAUCCCAGAAUCGUUGGACUUGCACCCAGGGGAGAUGGUGCUGGAGAUGGAGCUGCGGUAGCGGGAGUGCAAGUGGAAGUGGGAGUGAAAUUGGGAGCGGGAAUUUGGGUCACCAUCCUCCCGUCGACGGUGACUGCAAUUUUUUGGCAUGAUUCAUGACCGCACCAUGGCAAUGUCGUUCUCGUCGUCUACGCGCGACUUAACACACACAAAAAGUGGCACAGACACAUGCGGCAUGCAC